CCUGUGAGACAUUGUAACCCUAGUAAGGUGAAGAGUGGACUCAGGUCGAAAUAUUGGAGGUUAUACGUUUAUUUUUGAGUAGAAUGCUGAGCUCACAUGAAAAAGAGCAGAGGUAAGGCCCAGCUUUGUAGUUUACUUGACACAAAAGGUUUUUUCUUUUUCUUCCUAAAUAUAACUGUGCUCUGAUACGAGUAAAAGCAACCAAUAAAUAAAUAGCAGACUGAGUAGCUGAGCGGUGGGAUUUGAUGUUAGUUUUCACUGUUGACCAGAUAAACAGGCACAUGGAAGUAACACCAUUUUGGAAAUUGAGUUUCCCAAAUGAGCUUUGUUUAUAAACUUUGAAGAUAUCAAAAAUGGGCAGUUUAUUAAAUCUUUUCUACCAACAUCACUUUUUUUCCCCUCAUCCUUUUUUUCCUCCAUGUUAUUGCCUGUAGCAGUUACAGUCACUCAUGCUAAGUAGAAUUUGAAUAAAGCUAAUAUUGGCAAAAAUAUACUGUUUGACCCCUUCCCCCACUGCUUAUGGUGUGGCAUGAUUUUGUGUUUUGAACCAGUACGUUUCAGCUGUGAAAUGCACUCACUGCAAGCACUGAGCUGAGUGCAUGGAAACUGUUAUGCUUCUCAUUUUAUGUGAUCUACUAAUUGGUAUGUAGCAAAAAUAAUUUUCUAAAACUGUUUUGUUGCUUGUUUUGUAAUAAAACCAUGUGAAAUACUGAAAUGUGGUGUAUGUUUUCCUAACGCUGACCUUCUGUCCGUGGGUGGGUGAUCUCUCUAGUCAGUGUGCCCUGUUACUGGUUUUCUGCACUUCCCGAGGUAAGUGCCUGCACAGGGCAGGGCUGGCGACCUCUCUUCGUGGCGUGGGGGUAGACCUGGCCCCGGGGCGGGGACGGUGUGGGUGAUACGUGUGGGAUCUGCCAGGUUCUGCCCCAUAAAGUCUGGGGGUUGGCGGAGGCGACACCCAAGCCGGGAGAAAGUGUUGCUCACGUUAGAGCAGUUGCGAGACCAAAGUAACUGGAACAGAGCGAAGAAGGAAGGGGGCAGAAUGACUAGAUCUCUGCUGCGGCCCAUCGCGCUCGGACAACUCCUGCUGUGGCUGCUGCUGCCCCCGCUGCCUGUGCCCAGGGUCGAGGCUAGGAAGUCCAGGCCCUCGCUGCCCUGUCCGGCGGCCUGCGAGCCGACGCGCUGCCCCCUGCUGCCCACCUGCUCCGCUGGGGCGACGCCGGUGCUCGACCGCUGCCGCUGCUGCCGCGUCUGCGCGGCGGCCGAGGGAGAGGCCUGCGGUGGGACGCUGGGCCGGCGGUGCGCCCCGGGGCUGCAGUGCCGCGCGCCGCUCAGCGCCCAGCGCUUCCGCGGCGCCUGGAUGGGCACUUGCGGCUGCCCCGCGGCGGGAGCUGCCGUGUGCGGCAGCGAUGGGCGCACCUACCCCAACCUGUGCGCGCUGCGCGCCGAGAACCGCGCCGCGCGCCUCCGGGGCGCGCUCCCGGCCGUGCCCGUGCUGAAGGGCGACUGCGCCGACCAAGGGACCAGGAGUGUAGGCCGGCUCAGGAGCAAGUACAACUUCAUCGCCGCCGUGGUGGAGAAGGUGGCGCCAUCUGUGGUUCACUUGCAGCUGUUCCGCAGGUCACCUCUUGGCAGCAAGGAUAUUCCUGCAUCCAGUGGCUCUGGGUUCAUAGUGUCUGAGGAUGGGCUCAUUGUUACCAAUGCCCACGUCCUCACCAACCAGCAGCGGAUCCAGGUGGAGCUCCAGAGUGGGGUCCAGUAUGAAGCCACUGUCAAGGACAUUGACCAUAAAUUGGAUCUUGCGCUGAUUAAGAUUGAGCCAAACACUGACCUUCCUGUAUUGCUGCUGGGAAGGUCAUCUGACCUGUGGGCUGGAGAGUUCGUGGUGGCCUUGGGCAGCCCGUUUUCUCUGCAGAACACAGUGACUGCAGGAAUUGUCAGCACUACACAGAGAGGGGGCAAAGAGCUGGGGCUGAAGGAUUCGAACAUGGACUAUAUCCAGACUGAUGCCAUAAUUAACCAUGGGAAUUCUGGGGGACCUCUGGUGAACUUGGAUGGUGAUGUGAUUGGCAUAAAUACACUCAAGGUGACCGCGGGAAUCUCCUUCGCAAUUCCCUCAGAUCGAAUUCGACAGUUUUUGGCAGAAUUCCAUGAGCGCCAGUUGAAAGGAAAAGCUCUUUCACAGAAGAAGUAUCUCGGUCUGCGGAUGCUGCCUCUCACUAUGAACCUUCUUCAAGAGAUGAAAAGGCAAGAUCCAGAUUUCCCUGAUGUGAGUUCUGGAGUUUUUGUGUAUGAGGUGAUUCAAGGAACAGCUGCUGAAAGCUCUGGGUUGAGAGACCACGAUGUAAUUGUCAGCAUAAAUGGGCAACCUGUUACCACCACAACUGAUGUUACUCAAGCUGUUAAGGACAGUGAUUCCCUUUCCAUGAUGGUUCGUCGGGGAAGUCAAACUCUGAUCCUGACAGUCACACCUGAAAUAAUCAAUUAAAUAUCUUGCCUUAAAGAGAAAUUAUCUAACAAAACCAAAGCUAUAUUACCUGGUUUGUAUUGAAGAUGUACCAAAGAUGGCAAGUUUUAGGUUCUCUUUCUUAUAAAGAAAAACGAAUGCUUUAAAACACAAAUACAUUCAGGGACCUUUUGGUUGGGGUGCUCUACUGUUGGUUGCUAAGAAGCCUUACUAAAGCAAGUGAAGGACAUGGUACCAAGAAGUCUGAGAACUGAUAACAUUUUAUUUAAACAAAGAAACAACUGAAAGACAGGCACAGUUUCUAAUUUAACCUUGACAGAAGGCUGCUUUAGGACUUUAAAACUUCUCUAUAGCUACAAACUGGAUAUAACACAAACAUCCACACACACACCAAAUAUGAAGAAACAACCUGAAUCCAGAGUGCAAAGGAAAUCCAAUUGUUAAUAAUACUCCUUUUCCCAGUUUUUCAGGUUGUAUCAUAUUUGGCCAGGGUUUAUAGAUGCAGAGGAUGGGCAUCAUUUGCAAGUCAAACUGACACUGGCAACUGCAGAGUGUCACAGAGAAAUAUUAAAGAUUCUCAUGAUCACCCUGACAGUGGUCUCCAAAAGCUUUUCUGACUGUGACAAGGGCUUCUUUUAUAAGACUGAUACUUCAAUAACUUACAGAUUUUUACCUUUUUACCCAAGCUCAUCCUCCUGGCAACAUUAAUGAUUUUGACUCUGAAAGUUGCCAAAGUGUUGUUUUUAAAGAAAGUAGCUUUUGGUGGGGGUUUGUGAAUAUCCUGAGAUUUUUUUUUAAAAGUGUGAGAUGAGGCAGGACUUGUGGCUUAGAGUAGUAUCUUAUUUUUGGUAAGAUUUUAAUUUUAGUUUGUUUUCCAGAUUUCUCUUAGUAGUUAUUUUUUUUAAUACAGUGUCUCCUUAAAUUCUAUGCAGAAUUUUAUGUUUAUGUGCUUUUUUUCCUGGGGAGGGGGUCUAGUUUCUUUGUGACCUACAACAAUUUAAAAAAUACUAUAUACUUAUAGUAUAGAGACUAUGAAUAAGAAUCUACCAAUUAUUACUAUUGUAGACAACAAGGUUAAGGUCAAUGUGGCACAGAACUUUCAAGACAAUAAUCUGUUUUAAUUUUUCACAGUUGCUACCAUUUAAGAAUAGAAGUACAGUGAGCAUAUUUAUCAGGGAUAAUAAAGCUGAAACUUUUAGAAAAGCU